AUCUUGACCAGCGACUUCAUUCCUGGCCAGGCUACUUUUCGACGGGCCAGUUGAGCGACGAUUUCCGGGUCUUACCUUGCUCACCACCCGCCCAGGACCAAGACUCAACCCAGAUAAGCGGCAAAUCUACGAAACGAUGGGAUCCGUCCAGACGAACGAUGGUGCCAGUGCCGGUCUAACGGCUGAUUCAACCCGCAAAGUCAUUGUGGCGGGCGCUCAGUUGGGGGCCAUCAAUGUUGAUACACCUCGAUCGGAAGGCAUUCAGCGGAUGCUGAAGCUCAUGGACGAUGCCCAUUCGCAAAAGGCCAAACUCAUUGUUUACCCCGAGAUAGCGCCCGUCACUUUCUUUCCGCGGCAUAUACUGGAGGGAGAGGAACUCGAGCAAUAUUUUGAGCGAGAGGUCGACGGAGACCCGACCCAGUCAACCAACUUGAAGCCUCUUUUUGACAAGGCUCGGGAGUAUAAGAUGGACAUGUAUCUUGGCUAUGCUGAAUGCACAGGCGACGAACAUGUCCAUUACAACACUUGCGUAUAUUACUCUGGGCAAAUUGACAAAGUGGUCUCGAAGUACCGCAAGGUGCACUUACCGGGAACAUUUGAGCCAUAUGAGCGCAAAGACGCCACUAACCAGCUGGAAAAAAGGUACUUCAAACCUGGGGAUCUGGGGUUCGAGGCAUUUCGAGCUCCCAAUCUGGUCCCCGACGCUUUGACCAAGAAAUCCGGCGCAAAGCUAAAUGAACCUGACACUCUGGGAAAAGGAGACCCCAUUGUGGGAAUGAUCAUCUGCAACGACCGACGCUGGCCAGAAGCAUGGCGGGCAUAUGGGCUGCAAGGCGUCGAGCUGAUGCUCUGCGGAUACAACACAACAGCAUGGGCGCCAGAGUUGCUUGGAGUGAACAGUAAAGUCCCCACCAAAGAGAAAACCAAAACAGAAGCAUUAUUCCACAACAAGCUCUGCGUCACCUACAACAGUUAUGCGAACUCGUGCUUCAGCAUCAACGUAGCCAAAUGCGGGAUGGAAGAUGGCAAAUACCCGUUGAUUGGCGGUAGUUGCAUUGUUGACUGCGACGGAGAGGUGGUGGCCGAAGCGUCCACAGAGGAAGAUGAGUUGAUCGUGGCCGAAAUUGAUCUUGGUAUGUGUCGCCGUGGGAAAGAAAAAGUGUUUGCAUUUGAGAAGCACCGACGGAUUGAGCAUUAUGGUCGGAUCUCUGAGCAGACGGGCGUGCGGGAGCCUGAGUUCUUGUAGAUGGACGUCGUACAGGCACAGUACUUUUGAUGGUAGCGAGUCGUACCCUCCAUCGACUAGACAUGGACAUCCAAACUUGAACCCUUUCCCCCGGCCUGGUUCAGAACUUAUCCUCGUACUGUGGUAGAGUUCGGUGACCAGGAGGAGCACGAGAAAGCAUCAGAGGCUUGGAGUCUGGGCUGAUGGGGGCUAUCCGGGCAAGAUGUGGGCUAAACAGGCGUGACGGGCUUGGUACUCCUAGUUAGUCCAUGCACGUCCAUGGACGGAGUAAUAAGAGGAUGGCGGUGCUCUCGAGUGUGGCUGGACCUUGGAGCGUUGAGGUGCGCCUCGUACGCGAACACUCCGUAGUAACAGUA